UUGACCUACUUAUUGGAAGACACGCUUUUCCGUGCUAUAAAAAUGCAAAAUUCUGCCAGAAAACGGAAUGUUGAAUCAAAAUCGGAGGUCAGCGACAAAUCGGUACGAGAGCUGUGGAAUAUGGCUAUAACAGCAGAAACAGAAUGGGAAAAUAAGGAUGAUUUCCUAGACGUGGUAUACUGGAUGCGACAAAUUCUAGGAGUGGUUCUGGGACUGAUAUGGGGUAUUGUCCCUCUGAAGGGUUUUUUAGGAUUAGCUCUAUUUUUUGCUGUUCUGACAGGAGUUACAUAUUUCUUUUACAACACAUACCACAAAGUUGAUGAUGACAAAUUUGGCGGCCCAUCUGAAAUUUUAAAAGAAGGAUUAAUGACAUCCUUUGCCUCAUUUUUAGUUCUUUGGAUUAUCACAUAUUCAGCCUUACACUUUGACUGACAGGAGAGACCUCGGUUUCCUUCUGACUCUGUGCAAGUUUACAAAUACAUCCACGUGGGAGGAAUGAAGUCGCAGAAUCCUUCACUGGGACUAUAUAAGAGAUAGUGAAAGGAAUGGCUGGUGCUAGGAGAACAGAGUUGGCCAUAUUUUGUGUGAACAGAUUAGGGGUUUACUAAUACUACCCAUAGAUCUUUAAGCACUAACACCUGUAAUAACCACAAAACCCAC